UAUGACUGUGGACGCUGCAGGUGGUGUCCGAAUUAUUCCUUGCAAGUGCCAAGGUCAUUCCGUGGACUGCAGUUACAGAUCCUUAAAAUUCAUACCCGCGCUUGUCAAGACAGUGGAGCGGGUGGAUCUGCAGGGAAAUAAUCUUACGAUUAUCCGUAAAUUGGAUUUCUCUGGUCUUAAACAUUUAAAAAUACUCCAACUACUCGACAAUCAAAUAGAAGAAAUUGAAUCUGGAAGUUUUGACGAUUUGGUCUCUUUACUUAGAUUGCGUUUGAACAGGAAUAAGCUGAAACGUCUACCGGACGGAUUGUUUACGUAUACACCGAAGCUAUAUAGACUGGAUUUGAGCUAUAAUCGUAUCGAAUCGGUAGGAAGGAAUACGUUUAGAGGAGUACCGUUAUUAAGGAAUUUGCAAUUGGAUAAUAACCAACUAAAAUGCAUUUCCGGCCUUCGUCAGUUAAUCCACCUAGAGAUACUAACCGUCAACAAGAACCAACUGCAAACUCUACCCAACCGCAUGCUUUCCGGUAUGAAAAAAUUGCGGGUGGCUAGGGUGGGCGAUAACCAACUGAUAUGCGAUUGCCGUCUUUCCUGGUUGGCGGAGUGGCUGAGAGCUAAUCCGACUCUGGCGCUCUAUACGCGCUGUUCCUCCCCGAAGGCAGUAAAGAACAGGCAGAUCGCCGAACUACGGCCCUCUCAACUCGAGUGCCCGCCUCGCGGCCCCCCUCAAUCCCGCUAUUGUCCUCAACAGUCCGACGAUUGUCCGUCUGGUUGUAAAUGCUCGAAAAGGGUCGUCGAAUGCCGUUCCAAAUCCUUGAAUAAGGUACCUGAAAGGAUGCCGGCGGAUACGCACGAGAUAAUUUUGGAAAGGAAUCAGAUAACUAGGGUUAAGGAUAGGUCGUUCGUUUCUUUAAGGAAUGUAAGAAGGUUGGAUUUGAGUAAUAAUAAGAUAGAAAAGAUAGAAGAAGAGGCUUUCGCAGGAUUAUCUCUACUCACUUCCCUUGUACUCUAUGCUAAUAAGUUGACAGAGCUACCAACAAACGUUUUCAAGGGCCUUCGAUCAUUACAGCUACUGCUGCUUAACGCCAACAAACUUAAAUGCGUCGACACGAACGUUUUCAAACCACUCACUAGCCUAAAUCUGCUAUCGCUUUACGAUAACGACAUAAAAACUUUAGGCAAUGGUACCUUUUCGUCUCUGAACAAUAUCCAGACUUUACAUUUGGCGCGCAAUCCAUUUAUCUGCGACUGCAAUUUGCGUUGGCUUAGCGAGUAUAUUCACGAGCAUCCGAUUGAGACGAGUGGAGCUAGAUGCCAUUCUCCUGCUCGGAUGCACAGGAAAAAGCUGAGUGUAUUAAAAUCAAGCAAGUUCAAAUGCAAAGCAAACGAUCCUAAACCAACUGGUCUUUGCAAAACUCCUACCGUCCAAAAAUGCCCGUCAGCCUGCAGUUGUUCUGGCACGAUCGUAGAUUGCUCCAACAGGGAUUUGGAAACCGUUCCGGUCGGUUUGGACGCCGGUAGCACGCACCUUAAGCUGUCGGGAAAUCGAAUUAGGAGUGUGGAACGAUUUGAUGAGCUGAUAAAUUUGCAGUCGGUCGACUUGAAUAAUAAUUUUAUCGAAAAGAUUGUCGACGGUGCGUUUAGCGCUCUCCAGAAUUUACAGGAACUGAAAUUGAGCGGAAAUAAACUGACAUUCGUUAAUCAUAAGAUUUUAGAGAAAAUGAAGAAAUUGCAGUUGUUAGACCUUUCUUCUAACAAGAUCCGAUGCGUCAACAAUCGUACAUUCUCCGGCUUAACCCGAUUAUACAGCCUUAGGCUGGAUAAAAAUGCUAUAGGCUGUAUAGAACCGUCUACGUUUGAUCAACUACCAGAACUAACAAACGUUGAAUUAAAUGGCAAUCCAUUUCAGUGUAAUUGUCAUCUGAUAGGUUUGAGAUUGUUCUUGAAAGAUACUGGAAUAGGUGGAGCUGUCUGCUCUUCUCCGCAAAAUUUAGCUAAUCGGAGAUUGGAUGUGCUAAAAGAAUUUGAUUUGAAAUGUCCCAAAGAUUCUAACGAGGUGGGUUGUCACGGUGGGAUACCCCCCUGCUGCGCUCCCGAUGGGCGUCUGGCAGAAAGAAUAGUCUGCGAUAAGAAAGCAUCCUGCCCGAAAAAGUGUACAUGCACAAGAUCAGUUGUCAGGUGUUCCAGCGCAGGACUAAAACAAAUUCCAUCUGAUAUACCUUCUGAUACAACUGAAUUGUACGUGGAUCAUAACAAUAUCCAAGAGAUUCGACCCGACGUAAUCUCUUCUUUACCUAAGCAUCUCCAACGUUUAGAUUUAUCUGAUAAUCAAAUUGUUUCCCUCCCGAGUAAAGCCUUCGCUAAUCUCACGAAAUUGACAGGACUCUUCCUAACCUUUAACAAACUUCAAUGUAUUCAAGCUGACUCAUUCGAUGGAUUAGAUGAACUUUUAGUACUAUCUUUGCAUGGAAAUCAAUUAUCAACUGUACCUUACGGUACUUUCUCUCAUCUUCCCAGAAUUAGAAAUGUCGGCCUGGGAGCGAACCCGUUUUAUUGUGAUUGCAAUUUAAAAUGGCUCGCUGACUGGCUGAAGGCGGGUGAUAAAGAUCCGGGUAUUACUACUUGUGCUGGUCCUAAAGGAAUGGAAAAAAAGCUGUUGACAUCCACAGCUAGUAAGCAAUUUAUAUGCGAUUCGAAGACGCUCGACGAAUCGAUCCUGUCGAAAUGUAACGCCUGCUACAGAAAACCGUGCUCGAACGGCGCCAAAUGCGAAUUAUUGACCUACGACAAGUACAAAUGCAUCUGCGCGGCCGGUUACCACGGAGAUAAGUGUGAGAAACGGAUAGAUUCAUGUUUCGGUCAGCCAUGCAUGAAUUCGGCGACCUGUAAGGCUUUGGACAAAGGUAGAUUUCAAUGUAUUUGCCCCAAGGGUUUCAAAGGUGAUAGGUGUGAAACUAAUAUUGAUGAUUGCGAGGAAAACAAAUGUGAGAAUGGAAGUAAAUGUAUAGACGGGAUCAAUACGUAUAUGUGCUCAUGCCCAGAAGGUUGGUCCGGAAGGUUUUGCUCUGAGGAACGCGAAUUAUGUGCCGACUAUAAUCCUUGUAAAAACAAUGCCAAAUGCAAGAGGGACUCUGGUGUUAAAUGGGGAUAUUCGUGCUACCCGUGCCCGAGGGGUUGGACGGGAAGGAAUUGUUCUGUGAACGUAGACGAUUGUGAAAGGAAUUUGUGUAGAAACGGCGCCACCUGUCAAGACCUAUUAGACGGUUAUAAGUGCUUGUGUGCGGCUGGUUUUACGGGAGGAUUCUGUGAGAGGGCGCCUUUGUAUGUUGAUUCAUCAAUAGACGCCUGUUCUUAUCAUGAUUGUAGAAACGGAGGUGUAUGUAGAAAGAAGUCCUUCUCUGACUAUGAGUGUCGCUGCCCUUCCGGUUUCGGUGGUAAGAAGUGCGAGAAACUUACUUCAGUCUCAUUUGUAGAAAAGGAUUCGUACUUAAAAAUCUCUCCUAAUCAACCUCUGCCAUUCAAUUUGUCCUUAAUUUUGCGAACUCGUCAAUCAACGGGAGUUAUUUUAUACAGCGGUAAAGGUGGCAAACAUCACAUUGCUGUGGAAAUUUAUAGAGGUCGAAUUAGAGCUUCGUUUAACGUUCAUGAGUUUGAUCUGAACAUGUAUAGUUACGAUAAAGUGGAUGAUGGGCGGCCGCACUCUUUAGAAAUAAAAGCCGAAAAAGGUAGACUAGCAAUGUCGGUUAAUAAAGGUCUAACAAAGAGUGUUGGUGAUUCUAUAUCGUCAACAUCGUUUUCAUCACCACUAUAUCUAGGCGGGCUAAGUGACUGGCUAAAUGGCAACGUAACAAGAUGGCAAAUAAAGAACGCUCGUUCCUUUUCCGGUUGUUUUGAGAGGAUAUUACUAAAUGGCGAUUCGUUAAAUAUGAAUGACAUAUUGGGUAGAAGCGGGGUAGCUCCAGGAUGUAGCAGAUCGGAGGUUAUAGGGGAAAGUGAGAGAGCUUCCAACCCAUGUAAAUCACACAAGUGUCAAAAGGGUCGAUGCGUGCCAGUUGGCUCAGGCAUGGCUUACAAAUGUCAAUGUAUAAAAGGCUAUUUAGGUCCAACUUGCGAACGUCCACCAACUUGUAAUGCAGUCGAAUAUCGAGCGGUUUAUAAGGAUCCAAGAACAGGCUGCAGGACCAAAAGAAAAGUUAAACACAGAAGAUGCGAAGGAAGAUGCGGGGGUUCCCUUUGCUGUAAACCGAGAAAGAUAAAGACAAGAAGGGUUCAUAUGCGGUGUAGAAACGGCAGGAGGUAUAUUCACCGCAUGCCAGUAAUCAGGAAAUGCGCUUGUAAAAAGUGUUCAUAA